UGGUACCGGUACCUUCCCAUCCCUACUGCGUACGAGGAAGGAUCGUCGCAGUCCGCCUUUUGUUUGUGAGCAAAACGCACGACACCGCUUCCGUUAUCUAUCACGGGAACACCUCGCCGCUCCUGUGAGAAGACCGGCUCGUCGAGACUACUUCCUGCUGCUCCUCGUCCUCGUUAUCCUCAGUGAUCUCCUGAAAAUAUGCGUGAAUGCAUCUCGAUCCACGUGGGCCAGGCCGGUGUGCAGAUAGGCAACUCCUGCUGGGAACUGUACUGCCUUGAGCAUGGCAUCCAGCCUGACGGACGCCUGGUGGAGUGGGACGCGGCCGCCGACAACAACAACAACGACUCCUUCACCACCUUCUUCUCAGAGAUGCGCUCCGGCCAGCACGUGCCCAGGACAGUCUUCAUCGACCUGGAGCCUUCGGUCAUAGAUGAGGUGCGGACAGGCAUGUACCGUCAACUGUUCCACCCCGAGCAGCUCAUCACUGGCAAGGAGGACGCCGCUAACAACUAUGCCCGCGGCCACUACACCAUCGGCAGGGAGGUGGUGGACCUGGUGCUGGAUAGGAUCCGCAAGCUGGCUGACCAGUGCUCGGGCCUGCAGGGGUUCAUCCUCUUCCGGUCCUUUGGGGGCGGCACUGGCUCGGGCUUUGCUUCCCUGCUGAUGGAGAGUCUCUCGGUGGAGUACGGCAAGAGGAGCAAGCUGGAGAUCGCCAUCUACCCCUCCCCUCGGGCUGGCACGUCCGUUGUGGAGCCUUACAACUCCAUCCUGACGACGCACACCACCAUGGAACACUCCGACUGUUGCUUCAUGGUGGACAACGAGGCCAUUUUUGACAUCUGCCGCAAGAAUCUGGACAUCGGCAUGCCCUCCUAUGUUAAUCUGAACCGUCUCAUUGGACAGGUGGUGUCCUCAAUCACCGCCUCGGUGAGAUUUCAGGGGGCUCUCAACGUGGACUUGGCAGAGUUCCAAACAAACUUGGUGCCUUACCCAAGAAUUCAUUUCCCGCUGACCACAUACGCGCCGAUCAUCUCUGCCGAGAAGGCCUACCACGAACAGCUGUCUGUGCCGGAGAUUACCAAGGCGUGCUUCGAGCCUGCCAACCAGAUGGUGAAGUGUGACCCACGAAAUGGCAAGUAUAUGGCCUGCUGCCUGCUGUACCGCGGUGACGUGGUGCCGACAGACGUCACUACUUCCAUCACCUCAAUCAAGUCCAAGCGCUCCAUUCAGUUUGUGGAUUGGUGCCCCACCGGGUUCAAGGUUGGCAUCAACUACCAACCACCCACCGCUGUGCACGGUGGAGAUCUGGCCAAAGUGUCCCGUGCUGUCUGUAUGUUGUCCAACACCACGGCGAUUGGCGAGGCCUGGGCCCGCCUAGACCACAAGUUUGACCUCAUGUAUGCCAAGCGAGCCUUCGUACACUGGUAUGUGGGUGAGGGCAUGGAGGAGGGAGAGUUCACAGAGGCUCGUGAGGACCUGGCUGCCCUGGAGAUGGACUACGAAGAGGUGGGGUUGGACUCUGCCAACGUCGAGGAGGCGGAAGCCGAUGAAUACUAACCUUGGGGCCUGGGAAUUUUGCGAAGGUUGCCUCGGUGCUGGGAUGGGACGCGACACCCACAUGAUACUCUUUGGAAGAUGCUAACUAUGGUUCAUACACGGUAUUGAUUUUGUGCAUGUUUGCCCCUGGUGCAGGACCGUCAAGGAGACCAUUGCACACCUCCUGCUGCACUGCCCCGCUUCCACUCCCAGUGAGUGCUGCUAUGACACCAACUCCGCUCCCUGAACAUGGCCACCUUCAACCUGCCCACGCUGCUGGCGGCGGCAGGCGUCCACCCCUCACGACAGAAAUCAGUCAUCCGCCUCGCCUGCGCCUUCUUCAGGAAGACGGGGCAACUGAUGCGCCUGUGAAGCCCUCACAGGACGACACCAGGGCUCAUGUGAGCGACUAGAUCGCUGCGGCCCAAAACAACAACAACAACACCCACAGCUGGUUAAACAAAAUCCCUUUCCAAUGAAAUGGCAUUCCUGAUGACCCCCAGCAGUUAGGUGUACUUGAACACACUGACAAAGGUGCAAGGGCAUGGACCUAAGUCAAAACAGUUGCACACGUCGGGAGAGUAUUUAUUGAGGUGGUCAAGAACAUCCACCAAAAUCGUGAAUAUGAGACCAAGAACAUGGGAGAUAUGAUUGUGCAAAACUUUUAAUGUCUGUUCAGUCAUAUCUCGGUUUACGAGUUUAAUUCAUUCCGAAAUUUUGCUCGCAAAUCAAAACACUCGUAAACCAAGACAAAUUUCCCCAUUGAAAUUAAUGGAAAUGUCAUUAACCCCUUUUUUACCGCUGGUCCAAAAUGUGUACACCCGAGCACAAAACAAGUUUCUCCUACACAACGACGUGGGCAAUGUGUACCAGUGACAACAUGUUAACCUUCCCGCUCCGGGCGUCUUUCCAGAAGGCGACCCCCGUGUCCGGGGGUUUUGGGAAAAUUUAGGGUCAUGAUUACAUUCUAAUUGCAACGUAAAUAAACAUAAUGGAAAUUAACCAUAUACUACUACUAGGAGUACUCACCAUCCUCUGUCGAAUGACGUUUAGUAGACCGCUCUAGGUCCGCUGGUUGCUGAGUAAUCAUGAGUAGAAGUUGGUCACUUUUUUUGCUGUAGAACUGGCCCGCGUUCGGGUGUGUGUGCCUGUAACACGGGCGAGAGUCUAACCCACGCUCCUCGCUCCCCGUUCCACUCCACUCUGCUCUACUCCUUGCGUGCCCCGUACCAUAUCCAUGGACUGGUGGUGGUGCACGUGGUCGCAGCCUAAAUCUCACGAACUUCAUUCCUAUUCCAUUCACAUUCCCAUUACACAUUAUUUCAUGUUGGUUUUAUGAAUCCAUGAUGUUGAAUAGUGAAUUUUAUCCAAUAUAUUUUGAAUUUGAUGUACAUAAUUAUGUGUAAGCUGUGAUUUCAAAGUUAAAAAAUAACACGGCAGUGUGUCUUCCGCCUAACUCCCACGACUCUGGUUAGUUUUUCGUUCAGUGUGUGCCGCGACUGGGUUGAAGUGAGUUCACGUGAGUUGUGGCGUCCUUUUCCCGUAAUUUUGUGCCAGAGUCGCCGGGUGAUAGUGGUCUAGAAGUGUCUGACGAUGACGAGGGUCACUGAUGUUGCAUCACAACGCCACUGACAAGGUAAAUAAUAUAAUCAUUCUUCUUUUGUAGAAAUGUUUUGAUUUUCUUUAAUCAAAUGUCUUUGUGUGUGUAUUCGAAGAUUAGUAAAACCAUCUGUUACGUAAUAAAUGUUAAAUGUCCGUUACUUCAACUCAUCACAUACGGACCUUGUGGUCAACAUCUAUCUAUACAUGCAAAGAACAUACAUAUACAACAUAUAUACUCGACAUAAUGACAAAGUGAAAAUACCCCUGCGCAACCCCUCAGGUCGCGGGGAACGGUGGUGCGGCGGAGCUAAACUUUCCGCUCGCGCGUGGGAGGCGGUGGUAAAGAAGGGGUUAAUGCGUCUCAGACAUAUCCCCAAAAAUAUAAAUAUAAAAAUCAUUUUACAUGUUAUUUUUUCAGAAUGAAAGUAAUUUUUCAAACAACUAGCAAUGAUAAUUAAUAUUUAUAUAAUAUAGUAUAAUAAUAUUGCAUAAAAUAUAGAUAACAUAGUGCUGAAAACACAGAUCGAACACUAUAGCUCAAAUGUACGCGGACACGAGUGCGCAGUGCUACCUCAGCAAGUGUGGAAAGCAGACUAAAGCGGUGUCACUCUGGGCGUUUUCCUUCAGCCCUUGGAAAGGAGCAACUGUGGUUGCCUGUACGGCCAACUGGGAGUGAGUUCUUGGUUUGGGUAAACACUCCUGCCCUCCCCUCUCUGAAGCCAUGAUCGUACCCACAACGGCUCCUUUUUUCCAAUUAACUGUAGCAACAAGUCUUUAACUUGAAUGACCGAAAAAAAAGUGACACGCGAAACUUGUUUUUCGUAACAAAAAAUUGCUGAAAAGCCGCUGCCACUCAUUUUAACUUGAAAUCUUGGCAACAUGUUGGUGAUAUGUAAGGGAAAUAAUGGGCACCUUCGGAAUUCUCAGUUUGUGAAAAACAAAAGAAAUAUGAAUGCAAAAAGCGCGGGAAACGGGGAAAAUUCUGGUGCCAUGACAUCAUGGUGAAAUGACAGAACGACAUUACAUAACGAAAAGGUGGUUUGGAAAACCUGAGGGUGACCGUGGAUUUAUAUAUGUUUAAACUGUUUACAGCCCAUUAUUGAAAUGAGCAAAUAAUGUAGCCAUUACCAGCCUCAGUGAUGGUAACAAUAAAUGACGUCACACAUCAUGACGUCAUGAUGUAGAACGUUCAUAGUCAUACUAAAGCAUAUAACUAAUGUUUCAGCAUAAAAUUUGCAAUACUUUAUUUUUAACAAUUUAUUUAUUUAUUAUUUUUUUUUUUUACACCGGAGUAUCACCUUAACACAUAUCUUGCGGUUGGCAGCAACCCCGCCACCACGAUGUUACGAUGAUUUGAAUGUGAAUCUCUCCAGUUUGCCGGUAGCCACCUGACAGAGAAGAGGUGGGUGUUAUGCUGGCGGCUUGUAGAGUGUGAUUGCGCCUGGCAGAAAGCCUGACCCACAUGGGGGCAGGCCGCUACAAUAUGUUUUGUGAAUGUAUAUUUGUUAUUACAAUUGUUCAACUGAUUGCCUUACAAUACAGUAAAUUAACCAAU